AUGGAGAUUCCGAAAGUGUUGAUCGACAAAUUGGAAGGGCAAUCCAAUAGGCUUGAUUGGAAAUUUCAAAUCGAAAUCCAGCUGCACGCAUACAACGCAUGGCAUGCUGUUUUGGGCACAGAUGAAUCUCCAGUCAAACCAGCAGAGACAACAGGUAAGGAUGUAACAGAAACAUACAAAUCUUUGAUGCAGUCUGCAAACAAAAUUGAUUACACAGCCCAAAAUCCCAUUGUUUCUAGUCUGAGUUCGCAAGUCAGGCAGCUGAUAAACAUGUGUUAUAGUUCAAAGGAGAUGUGGGAUAAGCUUUUAAGUACCUUUGAGCAAAGAACGGAACAAAGACAAGACAUACUAUUCAACAAGUUCUUUGGAAUCAGAGAUAAGGAUCCCCUAGAAAGCAUAGCUAAACACAUGGCAAAACUCGAAAAGUUUUGGAUAGAACUUCAAGACGAUACUUGGAAAGAGGACAAAGUGAAGUUGCCGGAGUCGUUAUUCAUCAAUAGAGUACUCAAUACUUUGCCUCAAGAUUAUUUUGAAUUCCUAAAUGCAUGGGAGUCUGUCCCUAAGGGGGACACCGUGGAAAUGUGA